AUGGUCUCAAUGUGUGUGCCCGGCUUGACAGCUCUUGGGAUGGCGGCGAUGCACGAUGCAACCUCACCGCCACGAAGACGCUGGUGUUGCGCUACACUUGUCGCAGUGUCGCAUUCAGGUCUCAACGGCGGCCAGGCGAAACAGGGAACAGGCAUCCCAAUCGGCGGCAACCGCGAUCAAACCUUGACAAGAAGUCUGGGAGUGACUCGGACGGCUGUGCAGCGUGUGACGUCUAAAUGGGGAGGGGAUGCAAGGAGAGACCGCGACAGAGGCAGCCCAGGCAGGGGCAGGGACCGCGACUCGAUCGACCUGAUACCCUACGACGACGAGCCUCGUGGCCGCGACAAGCGGCCUGCAGCGUCCCGGCGGUCCACCUAUAACGACGCCAACGGGUCCGCCGAAUACUAUGACGACGAGGACCGCUAUUACCCGCCAAGGUCGUCGGACCACCGGUCCAGGAAGCAGGGAGGGCGCAGUCGAAGACCUCACAGCGAGCCGCGCUCUUCUUCGACUCGCGGCAGCCGAGAUGACCGCAGGGAACGUGACCGCUCGGCAGAUGCCAAGAAGAAGCGCAACCAGAUGAUCAAAGCCGGGCUGUCAGCUGCUGCCUUUGAGGCGUUUCGCCAGAAGAACCGACCCGGGGGUUGGGUCGGGGAGAAGGGCGUAAGGGUCGCGACCGCGGCCAUCAGCGCCGCGGUGAUUGAUGCUGGGAUUGAUAAGAACCCGAACCACGGUGCUAUGGGGAACAUAUUGAAAUCUACGGUCGGUGGCCUUGUUUUCGACAAGAUUGCGAAUGGAGGGAAACGCUAG